CACGCCUUCGUGAUGUUUUCAUUUUGUGUUAUUUUUCAUUCUAGUCAUAUUACACUUCUAUGUCUGUAGCUAAAAAACAUUGAGCUCGCGUGUUCGCCCCGCUCAACAAGAUCUCGCGCUUUCUCCCGCUUUUUUGACUUUCCCGUUAUAUCCAGUAGCCACCACCAAGGGGCGACAGAGUGUUUGUUAUAAAAGCAACUAAGUUAGCCUUGCGUUUACAAAAUGCAAAAGCCUGCCUUUUGGAUAAUAUUUAGGGAGGACAAUGGGGCGAAAUUAAGACAUUUUAAAACAUAUUUUAAAUAGUUUGUUUUGCGAUAGCAAAAAUGAAAUUCUGAACACACGGCGUGACGUUUACAUGUUGCCAUGGCAACAAAGAGUAAAUCCGUCAGAAACUUUUGAGCGAGUUCACUUACAACAGCAUGAAAACAAGAGCACAGGCUCGAUGUUUAAACCGACUGUUGAUUAUUAAAUAAAUACUUUUUUCUGUUUAUUUUUUUCUUUCUCCCUCUACACAUAAGAGGGAAGGGAACGGAAGUCAUGGGUAAAUUACACAAAGGACUGAAUGAAUGUCAGGGAUGUGCUGCUUCAUCCAUUCCAACCAAGUACCAGACAGUCAUCAUCAGUAAUGAAGAGAAGAAAGGCUUUUCCUCACAGACAAAGAGGUUUCAGGAUCACCUGAAUGAGAACCCAGGUCCUGGUUCAUAUGUCUCACACACAGCUGCUGAGGGAUGCAGUCCUUCAUUCUCUAAGAGAGGAACAGGCAGUUUUGCAUCAAAAGCUGGUCGUGUGGCCCGUAGCUUCCCGAGGUUACAGCCAGGACCUGAUGCUUAUAACCUGCAGACGUCUCUACUUUUCAAGCAUGAUUUCAACAGAGGAGAAUCCAGAAUGUUCCAUCCGCCUCUUGCAGUAAAGAGGGAAACACAAAAGAGUGAAAAUCCUGCACCAAAUCAAUACAAUGUGCUUUAUAAUGUCGUGAAUAGAAAUUCAACCGUUUCGGCUCAAUGUGCAUUUCUCUCCAAAACCAGACGAACUGCAACUUUAACGGACAACUUUAAAGGACCUUGUCCCUGCCACUAUAAAGUGAGUGAGGUUUUGGUCCAGAAGACUCCUCUAGUUCCUAUCUCCUGUUUUAAAUCCACCACUGCCCGGAUCCAGUCACCCGUGAGAAACAACAUCCCCGGUCCCGGGACCUACAACCCCUAUCAACCACCAGAACCUGUGAAGAGAACCGUUCUCCCAAGGAGACACUACUUAGGAUUAUCAGCACCACCUCUGAUACCCGCCAAAGACCCACCUUUCCCCGGCCCGGGACACUAUGACAUAGUGAACAACAAUCCUUCAGCCAAACACCUCGUGUCCAGUGCCGCCUUCCUGUCCGGAACAAGCAGGUGGAUACAGGAGGACAAAGGACAGGACAUACCUGGUCCAGGUUUCUAUGAACCCACGGUCCUUUCAAAGGCAUCGUUCUUGUAUAAUCCUGAAAAAAUAUGGAUUCCUGCUUAAACAGCUUUAGUAAAGAAUUGACUUAAGGAUUUGAAGUGUGCUCUUAUUUCAUAAAAUGUCAGCCCCAGUAAGAUUAUUAUUUCUUCUUUUUCCUUAUUGUGAAUUAUUAUAUCAAAUUUUUACUAUGACAGGUUAAAGGGAUACUCCACCAGCUUGGUUGCUUAUCUGCUCUAAUGAAUAAAUUGGGCUAAGCUAAGUGCUAGAAAAGUUUCACCGUGCGAUUAAGCACACGCACUAAGACAUACGUAUGAGAGGUAUGUAUCAACUUGUCUUAGUUAAGGGAAUAAUAUAGUUUAACGGUGGAGUAUCCCUUUAAGGGCUUUUCUAAAUGUGUAUCACUUUAAUAAAACCAUGUCUAGUAGCUUUUGAACUUCUAGCAGACAUGUCUGCAGUCAGUGAUCUGAACGAAUCAAAGCAUUCUCAGAAGUGUAGAUCCGCUCCCGGUCUGACUCACGUCUGGACAGCUGAAAGUCAGCACACACGGCUGAGCUCCAAACCCUUGAUCCCUCAGCAGCUGAUCCUGGACCUGCUGGAUGGUGAACAUGAUGCUGGGAGGGAUGUGCUUGAGCUGAUCCUGGAUCAGUGGUGUAAUGAGCAGCUGUUGUGGGACUAGAGGAGGGUGUGGAGGUCUGUGCUCAUCUGAACAAUGCCAAAAUCUAUGAGGGGAUUUCAGACGCUCAUGACUUGAAACUGUCCUCAAUGACUUCUGGUCAAGGUCAACAUUAUGCAUAAAAUGAUUCAUCAGGGCUGUUUAUUUUCUUUUUUAGAUUAUGAUGUUGUAAGAUUAUUCGAUUAUGAUUUUACAGUGUUUCCAACACGCUAAUAUACUCAGACUUUUAAUGUUUUUGAAAGGCCUCGUCUGCUCACCAAAGCUGCAUUUAUUUAA